UGCUAACAAGGUUCAAAUGAUAUCUUAGCUGCAUGGUAUUUUUUACGAAAGAUAACGGAAGAUUUACUUACUCGUUCUUUUCUUUUCAUCACGUUUCCUUCUGCGAAUCUGCAUCCAGGGAAAAAUACAGAUGCCUUGAUAUUGCGCUUGGCUCGGUGAUGAAGAUCUGACAUGUUCGGCGGUUUCCGCUCUGACUUCUGUAGCAUAGUUACCAGACUGGUAAGGUUCGAAAUUCGAGAGAUAGAUUCUAAAUUUGACAAACCAGAAUUCGCACAUUCCGUCGGGAGGGUUGUCGGUUGCCAAGCCUCCGGUCACAAGACUCCUGCAUUGAUGUAAGCUUUUGGAGAAUGCACGCGCUCUGAGUUCCAAAUUUGGGAUAAGGCCCCUAAAUGACCAAUGAGACAUUCUCUGGAGCACGUGCGGGGUGCCCGCUGCUGUACUUUGGCGGGAAAGUUCAGAGUGCGCGGAGUUAACACUCAUAACUACCUUGAGAUCCUGUACAACCUGUCAGUAUCGCUGAACACCAUCAAAAACACAAUCAUCAGAAGUUUUCUCUCUGAUACAGCAAAGCUUUAAGGAUUCAAUGAUGGAUUUGUGUGUCCGAAUUUUGAACGACUGUGAUGCUAUAAAUGCAGCCAGACGUCUUUUAUACGAGGUGUAUAUUAGUGAGAUGGGAUGGGAUUUUCGUGGUGAUUGUCCGACAGGUUUUCGUAUCGAUAAAGACGACCAAAACAAACCCAUCCUCUGCGAUGCUUUUGACGACUCAUCCGUUUGGUUUGGAGCGUACAAACAAGAUUGUUUGGUCGGAGUCACUCGUGCAGUCCAACGAAACAACUCAUUAGGAAAGCUUGAUCUCGAACUGUACCCAGCCAGCCAAUUACCGUCCAUGAAGAGAAUUCUCCGCUCAAAGGCCAACCAACAGUUAGUGGAGGUGCAACGAGGAGCAGUAGCAAAGGACCACAGAGACACACAACCAAGCAUAAUACAGUUGCUUCUUCAUUCCGCUUUUAGCUACGCGCUAGAGAAAGGACUCAAUGUUGUUUGCCCAACAGUAUUCCCCGUAUUAGAAACAUUAUUCAGCCGAGCUGGAAUGCGGUUGGUGGAGAGGACGUUUACAUACGGAGAGGGCUGUGAUGAAUGGCCCACCUUUAUCUUCUAUUGCUCUUCAGACGACAUGGCUCAAGUUGUAAACAAACUAAAGACAGCUGCAAAAAAAAGAAAGGCAAGCGUUUCAAAAGAAAGAGGGCACGCCAAGCGAGGAAGGUUUCUUGUGGUGUAACCUCUUCGUUGACAAAUCACUGGCUUUUGUUUAAAAGGUUAUGUUAUCUUUUUUUUUUCAAUCAAUUACAAAGGUGUCGUGUAAAUAUUAAAAAAAAAGUCAAUUUUAAGCCAAUGAAAUAAAUUUACAACCUGAAUAUCACCAGAAAAUUUAUCAGGGUGGUGAUUGGUUUUUUAAAUUAAUUUUUUUUGUUUUUGCUUGAGUGUCAAUUCGGUGCGUAAAUUGUUAUAAAGUAAUAUAAAUGAAUUGGAAUAAAAUGUCGUUUUGGAGAACAUUGCGAGCGGCAACAAGCUUCUGUUACUUAUGAUGGAACACGAUGUCAGAAUAGUUAUGGUUUUGGUGUAAACUCGAUUUCUAAUAAAUUAUUUUCCAUGUUAGGGUAUAAUAUUCCCGAAAGUUCUCUUGGCGACCCUCUUGAGAAAAAAACAAACACCACGCAUAUUUUUGUCGAUUAUAUUCACCUAACUUCUCUUUUCAUUGGGGGAAAUAUGUUAGAAUGAAAAAAACAAGCAAACAAACAAACCAAAAACACACAAAA